AAAAAAACAGCGUCGUCUGAAGCUGUGGCUUGUUUGUUCGGUUUGUUUAGCGCUCCGCGGUCACCGCUAUUCCAAAACAAAUCUGCUUUGUCCUCGUACUGUACCAUUCCCCGGUCUUCCACUACGUGUUGUGCUACCGUGUCCGUUUGCGUUCGAUUGUGAAUUUGUGUGCAAAAGCCAAGUAAAACAUGUCCUCCAAACGAAAGCCGGACGGUACGAAGAAGGCAGUGAAAAAGCGAAAAAACUCCGAAUCGAAUUAUGAUUCCGACCUGAGUGAUGAAUAUCCACGAGCGGGCGAACCGUCCGCCCGGGAGGUGGUGGUGGAGGAGUUGCGGCCGAUGGAAAAGCUGCCGGAAGAGCUGCUGGCCGUGUACGAUAAAGGACCCGGCAAGCUGCUCAUCGCGGGCAUGGUGUCCUGGGAAAUGACCGGCAAACGUGACUCGAAAGGGGUGACCAAGAUUCGUCCGAAUCUAUUCACCUUCCACAGAUUUACCAGCGAAACGUACCGUUCAAUGGCAAGCUUCUGUUCUGCCGCUCAUUCUGUGUUGAUUGAUGAAAACUGGAAAGCUUUUACCUUUGGACGCAAUCAACUCAGCCAGCUGGGUCUUGGUGAUACUACGACGUAUGAAAAACCGACACAGGUGGCAGAUUUGGCUGACUUUAAUGUUAUACAGGCGGCGUGCGGUCGUAACCAUACGCUGUUCCUAACCGAUACCGGCACCGUGUAUGCCUGCGGUGACAACAAGAGCGGCCAGUGCGGUGUGGGUAAUAAGCUGCCCACGAUCCCCUCGCCUACGCGGAUCAGCUACAAUGGGCCACCGAUCAUAAAGGUCGGAUGUGGUGCCGAGUUUUCCGUAAUAUUGGAUAUUAAGGGAAAUUUGCACACGUUCGGUUUGCCAGAGUACGGGCAGCUGGGCCACAAUACGGACGGUCGGUACUUUGUCACCUCGACUAAGAUGUCGUUCCACUUCGAAACGCAACCGCGCAAGGUGCUGGUGUACAUGGAGAAGAACAAGGAAGGCCACGUGCUGCCGAUUGAAAAUGUCAAUAUUAUCGACUUUGCCUGUGGCAACAACCAUACCGUGGCAAUCGAUUCGAAGAACCGAGCGUACAGUUGGGGCUUUGGAGGUAUUGGCCGUUUGGGUCAUGCUGAGCAGAAAGACGAGAUGGUACCGAGACUGAUCAAAUUCUUCGACACACAGAACCGCAAAGUGAUGCGCGUGUUUUGUGGCUCAUCGUACAGUUUGGCAAUAUCCGACAUUGGUUCAUUGUAUCUGUUCGGUCAAAACAAGAAAACGGGCGAAGCCAACAUGUACCCGAAACCGGUGCAGGAUCUAGCUGGCUGGAACAUUACCAGCAUCGGUGCGGGCUAUACCUCGAUCGUAAUCUCGGCAGACGAUUCGUUGAUUGCCUGGGGCGCAUCACCGACCUACGGAGAACUGGGUUUGGGUGAUUUGCAAAAAUCCUCCUCCACGCCCAAGGAGGUGACGCGUAUGGAGGGCAUGAAAAUUCCCCUUGUUGCGCUAGGAUACUCCCAUUCGAUGCUGCUGGUCAACACAGAGCAUGAAAAGUCGAAGGAGAAGUACGACAACCUGCCCGAGUUUGUUGUCUAGAUGCUCCACUACGGCACCUGACCGCGCGUUAUCCGACUGACUGCCAGCAGAUGUGAAGAGGCGUAGAACGGCGCGCCAACACUUUCUACACUGCUCAUUGUGUGUUGCCGUCGUACGAAAAUCCGAACCGAGCAUACUGUGUCUCAAACUAAUUUUUACUAGUAUUAGUUUUCCAUCAAUCACUCCACAUCGUAAUGUAUUUGUACUAUUUUUGGGAAUUAAACGUGCAUUUAGCUUUUCCCGGUCGGAACAGUUUCCACUAGAAAGGCAUGUAUUUCCACCAAAAAAAAAAAAACGACAAUCGGAGAGUAUUAUGAUACGUAAAUGAUACGAAAGAACUGUCCUACGGACGCACACAGUUAGUAUGCUAGUGGAUUUAGAAAGUAGAAACAGUAGCGAAAUCAUUUUUGUUUGUAUCGUAUCGCAUUAGUAUUCUUAUCUGUUUUGUGUAUAGAUUUACGAUUAGUUUAUUUAUUGCAGUAUAUUUGGAACAGGUUUAACAGUUUAGUAUUUUGCUUCUAUUUAGAGGCAUACUGGAAUUUCAAUUUCUUAAUAUUGAUUUUAAAAUGUCUUAAUCGACUAGACUUUAAACGUGUUAGUA